AUGCUGUCAGUGCGCGGACGAACGAUAUUUCUUGCUUUCCCUACUCCCUUUUCCCCGUUUCCCACUGCCAUCCCCAACCCUUCCGCCUUUGCUGCCCUCCUGAACCCCACUCUUCCCCUGGGCCUCCAAAAACUCCCUCGUGCAGAAGAGGCGGCAGUGUUGGCGAAACAGGCACUCGACCUUAGGGCUGCGCUGCAAUCAGCAGAGGCGGAGAGGGGGGGAUUGGCUGCAGCGGCAGCUGCUGCUGCGAGCGAGAGGGACGAGCUGAGGCGAGAGGUGAAUGAGGUGAGGCGAGAGAUGGAUGAGUUGAGAUCGGUGCACAUGGGAGAGGUGCAGGUGGUGCAGCGGGAGAGGGAUGAGGCGAGGCGAGAAAGGGACGAGCUGAGGCGAGAGGUGGAUGGGGCGAGGUUGGGGCAUAUGGGGGAGGUGCAGCUUCGGGGUGUGCUGCAAUCAGCAGAGGCGGAGAGCGAGAGAGUGACUGCUGUGGCUGCUGCUGCUGCUGAAAGAGAAAGGGAUGAGGUGAGGCGUGAGAUGGACGAAGUGCAAUGUCGGCAGAUGGAAGAAGCAGAGCUGCUGCAGAGGGAGAGGGAUGAGGCAAGGCGAGAAAGGGACGAGCUGAGGCGAGAGAUGGAGGAGUUGAGGCGGGAACUGGAUGAAGAUGCUGCGAUAUUGGCUGCAAGAGCAGAGAGGGAGCGGCUAGUGAGGAGAUUGGAGGAGGUGGAGGCGCGAUGGGAGAGGUCCCAGGACGAGCUUCGGAGGAGUUUGGAGGAGAAAGAGGAGCUUAAGAAGGAGUUGAGUGCGGUUCUGGGGAGGGUGGCGGAAGAACGGAGGGAGUGGGCGGAGAGGAGGGAAGAGGAGAGGAGGAAGAGUAAUGAGGUGAUGAUGAUGCUGGGUGUGGUGGAGAGAGGGAGGGAGGAGGCGGAGAGGAGGAGGAGGGAUGCGGAGAGGAGGUGUGAGUGGAUGGAGAGGAGGUUAAGGGAAGCAGAGAGAAGGCUGGAGGAGAGCGGGUUGAGGGUGGGCGUUGGGAUGGGGAUGGGGGUGGGGGUGGAGGUGAGUGGUAAGGUGGAAGGAGAGGGUGGGAAGUUAGUGGGGAAGGGUAAGGGGAGUGAGGGGAUUGGGGCGAGUGUGGGAGGAGGUGGGGAUGGAGAUUGGGACAGUGGAGGAGGAGAGGGAGAAGCGGGGGCGGUGGUAGGGGAAGGGGAGAGUAAGAGGCAUCAAGACAGGCAGGAGGCAAGCCGUGACUGGGAGAAGCAGCAGCAAGGGCAGCAGCAAGGGCAGCAGCAAGGGCAGCAGCGAGUGGAGGAGCGAGGGGAGCAGCAGGCAGAGCAGAUAGAACGCAUCGGGCAGGGGCAGGAGAGAAUGGAGGACGGACGGCACGAGCAGGAGCAAGGGCUGGGGGGGCAGGAGAAGCAGGAGGGGCAGCAGGGGCGGAACCAGCAGUGGCAGCAGCAGCGGCAGCAGCAGCGGCAGCAGCAGCGGCAGCAGCAGGAAGAAGGGCAGCAACACGUGCAAGCGCGGAGCCGAACGGAGCGGGUUUCAGUAUGGGCCCAGCAAAGCGGCGGUAGCAGCAGCCGAAUGAGCCCACCGCACAGCAGAGAGCUGAACCGCACUCGCAGCAGCAUUACUGAUGCAGAUGGUGACUGGGGUGCCACAGCAGGCAGGGCAGCUGAGGAAUGGGUCAGCCAAAGCAGGGCAACUGGUAAUUGGGAGGGCAGUGAAGGCAGGGCAGCUGGUGAUUGGGAGGGUAGUGAAGGCAGGGAAAGCAUCACCGCGAGCGGCAGGAGGGAUCAGCUUGCUCGCACGCACACCGCCUCCUCGUCCCCGGCUCACAGCAUCCUAAAUUUCUCUUCUUUCAUCUGCUCCCCCAGUGGGUUGAUGGAUAGUGGGAUGGUUCUUAGCUAUCAGAAGGUGGAGGACAGUGGGAGGGUCUUAAGCUGCCACCCUUCUGGCAGCACCAGCAGCAGCUUGAGGCACCACAGCAGUGGGAACGCCCUGCCAUCUCCUCUCACCUCUCAACAGCACCUGUUAUCUGCUUCUGCUGCUGUGGUUCCUGGUGCUUCUGGUACUGUUGCUGCCGGUGCCUCUGUUGGGGACACCACCACAAGCAGCAGCGGCUGCCAUGUUAUAAUUCCUCCACGCAUCGCCCUCUCUCACUCUGGUUCCAUCUCUGAGACCAGCUCGGUCCAGCAGGGCAACAGGAUAGGCAGGGAGGGGGCACACAGGCAUGGGGGGUACAGUGACGUAAGGGGAGGGGAAGGGUUGGAGGCAGCUGAUUGGCUGUCAGAGCUUUCUGACAACACGAGCAUGGAUGAGGUUGAUCAAAUACUGGCUCAGAUGGGGCUCAGACCAGGGGAGGCGAGAGCGGGGAAAGGAAGGGUUGCAGGAGGGCCGGUGGCAGAUGGCACAAGAGGGGUUUUUGAAGUUGGGGUGAGGAGGAGUGCGGGGGAGCAUGAUAAGGAGAGAUUGCGGUAUGAGCGGAGGCAGCUGAGGAGACUGAUUAGGAAAGGGGCAGGGAGUCCAAGGCAGUUUGGUGAUACCAUGAGCUUAGGGAGAGGGAACGGGAAUGGAGGGGAGUUGACGCCGAAGUCAAUGGACUCUCUCAAGAUCCAGUCAUCAUCACAGCAUGCAAGAGAUGCUAUGAUUCUGUAUCAAUAA